AUGAAGCAUUCCACGUCCAGCUCCAUCUCCAUCUCCCUCGCCUUCGUCAUCCUCACGCUCGCCGUCGCGACGGCAUCUGCCGCCGCCAUGGCUGGAGCCGCGGAUGAGCGGGUCGCCAAUUACCUCGUCUACGUCGAUCCCGCUCCCCCCGGCGUCGACUGCCAGACCCACCAGCUCGGCAUCCUCGCCGCCGCCCUCGGCAGUGAGGAGAAGGCCAAGGCGUCGAUCGUGUACAACUACAAGAACGUCGUUAGCGGGUUUUCGGCGAGGCUAACGCCGUCGGAGCUGGAGGCGGUCAAGAAGCAGCCUCAGGUGAACCGAGUGAUGCCGAGCGCGACUCUGCAGCUGAUGAGCAGCAACUUCGAGGACGUCAGCUAA